GAGAGAGAGAUGCCAUUACAUUACAUUACAAAAUUGAUUUGGAUUUCUCUACUAGACACAAUGGCCAGUUCUUCACUCUCCCUUUCCUCCUUCCUUGGCUCUUCUCCCCGUGAUCUUCUUUGACUCUUUGUCGGUUUAUGAGCACUGUUGUCGACACUGCUCACUUCCUCCCUCCUACCAAGCCGUAGAAUCCCCGGCAUUGUCCUCCUCUGUCUUCUUCCUCCUCUUCCACCGUCACCCAUCUUUACCACAUCCCACAACCACCACGUACACUCAACCCAUUCCUAAACCAAACCCAACCCCGAUGGAUCCCCGCUAUUGGUGCUCCUCCACUUUCAACACUGUCACCCUUCUUCUUCUUCUACUUCUCACCAAUAGAGGUGUUUCAGGUGCCACAUUCACAUUUGUGAACAGAUGUGACUACACUGUGUGGCCUGGCAUUCUCGCCAAUGCAGGCAGCCCUAGGCUCGACACCACCGGAUUCGAGCUCCCCAAGGAAACCUCACGUUCCUUCCAAGCCCCCACGGGCUGGUCGGGUCGGUUCUGGGGCCGUACCGGGUGCAAUUUCGACGGAUCUGGGUCCGGGUCGUGCCUGACCGGCGACUGCGGGUCCAGUCAAGUCGAGUGCAACGGGCUCGGAGCCGCCCCACCUGCGACCCUCGCGGAGUUCACACUCGGGUCGGGCGGUCAGGACUUCUACGACGUGAGCCUGGUGGACGGGUACAACCUUCCCAUGAUCGUGGAAGGCUCGGGCGGGGCGGGUCUCUGCGCCCCGACCGGGUGCAUCUCGGACCUGAACCAACAGUGCCCCCCGGAGCUGAAGGUCGGCGACGGAGACGCGUGCAAGAGCGCCUGCGAGGCGUUCGGUAGCCCGGAGUACUGUUGCAGCGGCGCGUACGGCUCUCCCGCCACGUGCAGGCCGUCGGUGUACUCCGAGAUGUUCAAGGCCGCGUGUCCCAAGUCUUAUAGCUACGCGUACGAUGAUGCUACGAGUACGUUCACGUGUACUGCUGCUGAUUAUACGGUGACGUUUUGCCCUUCCUCUCCAAGUCAGAAAUCUUCAAGAGAUCCAACACCAAUGACAUCAACAGCAGCAUCGCAGGGGACCGGGUCAGAAUACUCCGUUCCCGGCUCAGGUUAUUCGGUUCCUGGGUCAGGGUCCGGGUCAGGGUCAGGAUCCGGAGAAGCCAUGUUAGCAGAUGGGUCAUGGUUAGCUGGUCUGGCCAUGGGAGACUCAUCGAGAACACUCUCUCCUUCUGCUCUACAGUCUGCAUUGAUAUCCUGGGCUACUUUGUCUCUCACCCUCUCAAUGCUUUACUUGUAGAACAGACACUCCUGCAAUUUUGUUGUACGGAUCGUUAGCCAUUCGAGCAGGAUAUCUCGAUCUUUCUUGAACUCAUUUCGUGGCUUUUGCGAGUGUGACUGCAUCCCGGAUUUGCAGCAUUAGUGGGUACAGCCGUACCGGGGCUUUUGCCUUUUUCCCGGAAAAGCUGACAGAUUCCUCCAGAUUGUAAACCAUCCAGUCCCAGGGUUCCCCCAAACAAUAUUCAGUGUUAUUAUAAACAUUUAAAAGUGUUUGUUUUGCUAUUUAUUUAAGGAAAUAUUAGGUGCCCUUUCCCUUCAAAUUCAAGCUUUUUAAGGUUCUGUUCUGCCAUUGUGGUGUUAAAAGCAACAAAUCAGAACUUAAUUAAGAGCAAAUUUUCUGUCUUUGGGCUGAAUUCUGUACUUGUUUUCUUUAUUUUUGGGGUUAUGGGUUUUGUUGUAAAGAGAGGUUUGUUCUAUUGAAAGACUGUGUAAUGUGAAUACUUUGGUAGAAUGGUUGGCUUUUUCUCUUGCGGAGGGAUCACUUUGGGGCCUUGCUGGUGUUGCAAGCUUUUGCUUGUUGGCUUUUGGUCUUUGUGUGUUGUUGAAGAAGGAAUUUCUUGAAGACUAA